CAAAAACAAAUAAAAAAAGGUUCCUAGGACAGAAUGGACCCGCGAAUAAUAAUAAUAAUAAGGAAAAGAUGAAUAAAGUUGUUUUUGUCUGAUGGCAGAUGAAAUUUUUCAUCGUUGCUCUCAUUUUACUCAUUCAAGCAUGUGGCCCACUUUGGGCACAAACGCCAGCCCCAGGGCCACCAGAUUCUCCGGGAAUGCUGACAAGACUGUUUGACAAGGCCCGUGCAGCCAAAGAGAAUGUCGAGACUGCGUUGGAUGUGGUGAUCGAUUUUGCGGGCGAGUACUAUGGCGAGCACAUCCAACCUGUGGUGGACAACUAUAGGAACUGGGCAGCUGGCAUGAGGACAUCUGCAAGGGAGAAGAUGCACUACUACUUGCCAUUAUUUAUGCCAAAUACAACUGAUGGCUGAAUUUAAGAGAAGAGUUGCUAGCUGUCUUUUUGUUCGUCCACAGCAAAUAACCACAGAUAUCAUUAAAGCAACAAUACGCAGAUGUCAUCAAA